CCGACAAACCGGACAGAAGUGAUCGUCCGAUCGUCGCAGCUGCUCGCGGAAGAGAAGCGUUUGUUCCUGUAGGGAGGAAACGGUAGUGAUCUGGCGUGUGUAGUGUGCAGAAUUCCACAGCUGCCCAUCCCUUUCCCAUCCGCUUUUGGCGAACAAGUCGGUAGAAUUCCGUAAUCCUAUCCGCUUCGACAGUCGCUGAAGGUGAAGUCAAUAGGCACACACAGAAUGAAGAACACGAAAGCCAUCACGAAGGCGGACGAGUAUCGGUUCAAGCUAUCGGACGAGCUGCUACUGAUCGCCAAGGAGGAACUCCGCGAAACGCAAGCGGCACGGGACCAUGCGUUGCAGAUGUUGCGCGAAUGGGCUGAAAAGAAUCCUCGCAUCGUUAAGAUCCGGAUGGACGCAAACUUUUUCCUAAAGUUUCUGCGCGCCAAAAAGUUUCAGAUUCCGGUGGUACAGGAAAACAUCGAGCGGUACGUGCUGCUGAAGAAUGCGUUCGAGGGUGCGUUUAAAAAGCUUGACUGCCGGCUGCCCAAAAUGGCCAAGUUAAUCGAUGACGGGUACAUGUUUGCACUACCGGAACGUGACCGUGAAGGUCGGCGUGUGAUUUUCUACCGUCCGGGUGUGUUCGAUCUGCGCGAGUACACCAACGCGGACAUGCUGAAGAUUCACGGCAUCUGUUACGAAACACUGAUGGCUGAUGAGGAGAAUCAGAUCCGGGGGUUCAUACAUGCGGGCGUUGGUACCGGUAUCGGAUUGCCGUACCUAACGCUGUUCACAAUCAAGGAAGCGGUAAGGAUCGCUAAAAAUGGCGAAAAGAUCCUGCCGAUGCGGCACCGUGAGAUGUACGGGUGCAACAUCAGCCCGGCGAUGAAGAUGGCGGUCGACUUCGGGAUGUCGUUGAUAUCGCAGAAGCUGCGCGACCGCAUUCGGCUGUACACGGACAUCAAGGACAUCGAGCUGGAGAAGCGGCUGCUGCCGAAGGAGUACGGCGGUGAGAUGCCGAUGGCGGAGAUGAUCCGGCUGUGGAAGCUGGAACUCGAAGCGUACCGUACCCGGCUGCUGGCGGAUGAUGAGAUGUCGGUAAACCUGAGCAUGUACUCGGACGCGGCAAAGGAAGGUUCGGUCGGUGCGCUAAAGCAGCCACUGAACGGGUGCACGGGAGCAAGCGACAACUCGACGUACGGGUUGGCCGGUAGUUUCCGAAAGCUGGAAGUGGAUUGAGCGAAGGAUAUAUAACGCAUACAAA